AUGUCCUCACCGUCCAACUCGUCCUCACAUGUCGGCAAGCGCAAACGCACCGCCACAACCAACUCCUCCAUGAUGGAUGAGAACGCGCUUCUCCAACCUUCGUCGCGGGAUGCGUCGGGCGAAGAGGGCGACACAACUGCACCCGAGUCCGGCAAACUGACCCACCGCAAACCCGACUUCGCAUCAAACAACUCAAACCCUCCUACCAAACGCCAGCGGUCCAGCUCGGACAGACAGCAGCUCCAGAUGACCGAUAACACCGAUCACACUGUCGACCCUGGCGAGCCCAGUGACACAACUGAGGCCAGCAUCGACAUUGCUGACCGCGUCGCCAGGAAGAGCAAGAAGCCCGCCGCCCUCAGGGAUAUGCAUAGCAACAAUAAUGAUGUCGAUGAGAAGACCAAGGCCAUGCCGCCGCCUCCCCUCGGCAAAUUGACACAUCCCGUGGGCUACAAGACCAAUGACCCGCCUGCCGGACGACCCAUCAGGGUGUAUGCCGACGGUGUCUUUGACUUGUUCCAUCUGGGCCACAUGCGCCAGCUUGAACAGGCCAAGAAGGCCUUCCCUGAGGUCUUCCUGCUUGUCGGUGUCACUGGCGACGAGGAAACGCACAAGCGCAAGGGCCUGACGGUGCUGUCUGGACAAGAACGUGCCGAGACUCUUCGUCAUUGCAAGUGGGUGGACGAGGUGAUUGAGAAUUGUCCCUGGAUCGUCACAACCGAAUUCCUUGAGAAGCACCAGAUCGACUACGUAGCACACGACGACCUCCCCUACGGCGCUGACGAGGGCGACGACAUAUACAAGCCCAUUAAAGAGCAAGGGAAGUUCCUGGUGACGCAGCGUACUGAGGGUGUAAGCACCACGGGCAUUAUCACAAAGAUCGUUCGCGACUACGAAAAGUACAUUGCCCGCCAGUUCAAGCGUGGUACCUCCCGGCAAGAGUUGAAUGUUAGCUGGCUCAAGAAGAACGAGAUGGACCUCAAGCGUCACGUCCAGGACCUGCGUGAUAACAUCCGUGCGAACUGGACCACCACUGGUCAGGAGCUCAGCAAGGAGCUGAAGCAGUUCUGGCCGGCCAGUCGACCACAGAGCCCUGCCCCGUUGGGUCGUCUCCCGCCUCUCACCCCCGGCGGCCCGAAUGGAGACAUUAGUCUGCGCGAAGCUGCCGCCAUGGCCAACGCAGCCAGAUCACCUACCACACCUGGCGAGAGAGCUGGGCAAAAUGAUUUCAUUACUGGAUAUACAUUGGGGCUGAUCGGUGGUGUCCGAUCUUGGAUGACCAAGAGCCGCACAAACCUCAACAGCCGGGACAGUAGUCGGCCACCUAGCGACGAUGAAUCGGAAGAGAGCGACGCCAAAUCCAAGUCACGGGAGAGGGAACGAGGCCGCCAACCUGUCGUGACCUCGAGCUAG